CUGAAUCGUAGUUCAGAUUCAAGUUGGUUUAGUGAGGGCGACCGCGAAAGUAACCGAAUGGCUCAGUCUUUUAGUUGUCCCAGAUUAUCAUUUUAGAAUCUUUUUAGUUUGGGAAUGCCCGGGGCGGACACGACUUCUUCUAAGGCUAGAAGACCACUGGAAGACACCCAGGACUAUAGCAUGUCGUGAAAGAAGCACACUGGGCGGGCGUGCUUCGACCGUGUCUCCGGGGCACAGUUGAAUGUAAAUAUCAUGAACGCGAGGUGCAGGAUACCAGGCCGAGAAACCACUCCCCUAUGUGCCAAUCGCUAGCGCAUCCAGGGCCCCGGCGCCCAGCUCAGCUGGAGAGGCCUAGCCUGAUCUGAGAACGGUUCGGAUAGACAAUGCCACCGCCCCUGAGAAAACAAGUGCUAAGUUUGAAUAAACCGAAGAGACGUUUCUCGCUCGGCGCCUAAAGCGCACUAUGCUCCGCUUCAACAAACGGUGGAACCGGUGAACCACGCGAGCUGGUUAGAUGCGUGGGACAGAGGGCUCGUAGUACCUGCUAGCGCGGCUACGCAGUGGAAGGGAAGGAGCCUAAAUCGACCCUUUUUCAAAAGCAGUUCGUAGUGAGACUAAGGUACGAAUCUCUCUGCGCAAGCUAGAGAUUCGUUUCAAAUGAGUUGACAGAGAACAGAGAUUCGUUGAACAUAGUGAAACGAAUCUCUGUUCUCUGUUCUUCAGAGGGACUCCCGUUGGUCGUACCUAGAGAUUCGUUGAACUAUGUUCAACUCAUUCGAAGAGGAAUCGUUCAACUCAUUCAGAGACUUCGUACGUUGUUCAACCGACAGCGUCGCUCCUUGAUCGGCGGGGACAAAGGAUCAAGCGCUUUUACUUUGUCUCCAUCACAGGUUGGGUUUGAGAGCCGUGUGAUGGGUGACUAUCCAGCACGGUUCGGAGAGCACUUUGAGUCUGCGCUGGUGAAUGGAAGCCUCCCCUAUAAAGCAAGAAGGAAGCGGCUCUUCCCACGGCGGAGUCACCAUUGACUCUAUUUAUUAUUAUGGUAAAUCAGUGUAUCAAGAUGUCAAUCUGAGAUCUUAUUUCGAGUCAAUGGUGACUCCGCCGUGGGAAGAGCCGCUUCCUUCUUGCUUUAUAGGGGAGGCUUCCAUUCACCAGCGCAGACUCAAAGUGCUCUCCGAACCGUGCUGGAUAGUCACCCAUCACACGGCUCUCAAACCCAACCUGUGAUGGAGACAAAGUAAAAGCGCUUGAUCCUUUGUCCCCGCCGAUCAAGGAGCGACGCUGUCGGUUGAACAACGUACGAAGUCUCUGAAUGAGUUGAACGAUUCCUCUUCGAAUGAGUUGAACAUAGUUCAACGAAUCUCUAGGUACGACCAACGGGAGUCCCUCUGAAGAACAGAGAACAGAGAUUCGUUUCACUAUGUUCAACGAAUCUCUGUUCUCUGUCAACUCAUUUGAAACGAAUCUCUAGCUUGCGCAGAGAGAUUCGUACCUUAGUCUCACUACGAACUGCUUUUGAAAAAGGGUCGAUUUAGGCUCCUUCCCUUCCACUGCGUAGCCGCGCUAGCAGGUACUACGAGCCCUCUGUCCCACGCAUCUAACCAGCUCGCGUGGUUCACCGGUUCCACCGUUUGUUGAAGCGGAGCAUAGUGCGCUUUAGGCGCCGAGCGAGAAACGUCUCUUCGGUUUAUUCAAACUUAGCACUUGUUUUCUCAGGGGCGGUGGCAUUGUCUAUCCGAACCGUUCUCAGAUCAGGCUAGGCCUCUCCAGCUGAGCUGGGCGCCGGGGCCCUGGAUGCGCUAGCGAUUGGCACAUAGGGGAGUGGUUUCUCGGCCUGGUAUCCUGCACCUCGCGUUCAUGAUAUUUACAUUCAACUGUGCCCCGGAGACACGGUCGAAGCACGCCCGCCCAGUGUGCUUCUUUCACGACAUGCUAUAGUCCUGGGUGUCUUCCAGUGGUCUUCUAGCCUUAGAAGAAGUCGUGUCCGCCCCGGGCAUUCCCAAACUAAAAAGAUUCUAAAAUGAUAAUCUGGGACAACUAAAAGACUGAGCCAUUCGGUUACUUUCGCGGUCGCCCUCACUAAACCAACUUGAAUCUG